AUGGAGAGCUACCUUUGCUGCUUCCCCAUGAAUGAACGUGGUCAGGUUGCGUAUGAAAUCGACAAGCGACGCGGACGAUAUACCAAUAUUUGUGCAUCCGAUGAUAGUGAUACCGAGAAUGAUGAUGUUGAUCAUCUGGCAAACGAGUUGGCGCAGAAGGCUACGAUUGCAGCACAGAGGGGAGAGUCAUACGCCGAUAUCAACGAAGAUUCCAAGGAAAUGGUUACCAUCAAUCCAGGACAUGGCAUCGAGCCAUUUGAACAAAAGCGGAUUCUGGAUGCAAUAAGCGACUGUGCCAAUGGAAAUAAAAGAGCGGUAAAGGACUACUUGGAGACUUCUAGUGAGGCCCAGCUGUUUAUUCGAGGGCGAGAUCACGAUAGUAAAACAACCCUUAUCAGCGCAGCAUCUGAGCCGAGUUCGGAGAUGGUGUCACUUCUCCUUAAAUACGGGGCUGAUGUGAAUGCUGUUGACAACGGUGGGAGAAGUGCCCUUAUGGAAGCAGCACUCUUUGGUUGGGCCGAAAAUGUAAAGGUUCUACUGCAGAACGGCGCAGACAAGCAUAUUCGGGAUAGCGAGAAUCGACUAGCUGUUGACUUUGCUCGAGACUAUUACAAAAACCGGACCGAGAGAUACAGGCGUACCAGAGGUAGCGUGACAUCUCCAUUGAAUCCACGGCUAGGCUAUACCGAGGACACAUUCAGAAGGGAUAUUGAUCGUCAGGAAAUUGUACGCCUCUUGAGCGGAGAGAACAGGAAGUCAGAGAUUGUCUUUGGGACCCCUCCCACGUUAUCACUCUCUGAAUCCUACUCUUUCACGCCCUCCCCAAUGCAGGGCUCGUUACUAUUACGCGGCCCAAUUGAAGAGUAUCCAAUCAGCAGCAGCUCUAAGACGGUGGCGCGUUUAGAGCGCGGUGGAAAAUUUCCGUCUAUUGGCGCUAUGAGCGGAUGGUCGCACAGUUCCGUGCAGUCCCUCAGGGUUGACGGUCGACAGUGGACGGAUGAUGUUCUUUAUAUCUCGGAGGUAGUGGAUCAUGUUCUAGCUUCCCAUAGCUGUGAUCAGGGUAAGGAUGGUCAAUACAAUGCAUGUCACGCGGAAAAGCAGUUGAUAGCGUAUUUCAUCGAUCGCCACGUGUUUCUUCCACGCGACCUUGAGCUGAACUCGAAAUUAGAGGAAAGAAUCGAUAGUGUAGAGGACGAGCUUCAUGAGUUCCUGUCCGGUACGGAAAUAGGUCACAAGGAAAAGCUCAUUGGAAAGCAUGAUGAGAUCAAGGCACUGAACUUGGAGCUCAAAUCUGUUGAAACAGCCCUAAACCAGCUGGUUGCCAGCCCUCAAGCACGACCAUUGUUGAAGCUAGAAAGCCAGCUGAAUAUUCUAAAUCAGCAGCUAGACAGACAUACUGGCCUGAUGGAUAUGGCUAGUGCGCCACCACCUGUGUCAUUAACCGAGGCGGUCAUACUGGUCAGCUCGCCUCCUUAUCAGGACUGUAGGGUGUUCAAGGACAAAGUCAAUGCGCGUUUUGGGCUAUCUAUACAAUUAUUUGCGGCACUUUGA